AUGGAAAACCAUCAUUCUGGUCUUAAAUCGACAUCGAAUUCAAACCACGCCACACCAUCCGGCGAUGUAUUGUCGUUUUAUUCGAUAAAAAGUUACCCUUACGAUGCGGUGGAAUCUGAAAAGCAGCAUACAAUUAACGCAUCAAGUCAAUCGAUGGAACUAUCAAAUUCUUCGUACAACGGUGAAAGGGAACAAUCAAGGAGCGUCAGUACGUGUUCCAAUGUGGUUCAUUCUAAUACGGGAAGUUUUGUUGAAUCCGUUGAUUCGAGUGGUACAAUCGUCACAUCUAGCUGUGUUCCAGUCGAGACUCGGGCCGUAUCCACAUAUCAGCACCACCAUUCGCAACCUUCCACCCUGCAACCGCUGAACGCGGAAUCGUUAAAGCGUGCAAAAUCAUCGCCUUGUUGGGCUUUGAUCGAAUGGGAAACUUCAAACGAGGAACCGAAUUCGUACACCGUGAUAGACUCAUCGCAGAUCGUUGAAAUUUCACGAGAAACCAAUCGGUCAGAUGAGGAAGGUGGCCAACAAACGAGAGACACGGCGCUAUACACCGGGAAACUAAUUCACGUGCUACGGGGCAGAUACAUUAUGCCAGCAACGAUCGUGAUCAUAUCAGAGGAUAAACAAUUUCUCGAAACGGAGCUGCACGAACUGAGAAUGAUGGCCGCCAACAAUUUAAUUGAUAAAUCAGUCCCACAGACACAGUCUUAUCGAAAGCUGGGAAUGCCAACACUAAAGCAAUAUGGCAGGGCGUCGCAGACUGUUGCAAUGCAAUCGCAGCAGAAUACAAUUCCAACGUCGCCGGAAAAUAUCACGAGCACUAAACGCCAGCGUUGCGAUUCUGGUUCAUCUAGCUCGGUGAAGGAAAUGGAAGUCAGGGUGUCAUCUGCGUGCGUUCAGCGAGCUGUGAAAGAAGAAACUAGACAUUCAUUUAAUGACGACAUUUCCUACCAGAAGGUAUUGCCACCGCUUAUGCCAGUGGGGGCACGAUUCACACGAAGCGAUGCUGCAGCUAAACAGGCGCCACCAAUGACCUUUGAUCAGCAAACACAAACCACCGGUGUAUCAGCGGAUGUAACUGCAUCUUACGACGCAAACUUCGUGCGUAUUUUGUCGUACCUCGAGAGCGUUAUGGCGGAGCAAAAGGGAUAUCGGAUGGAGAGUGAAUACAAUCGGAAACUUUUGCACGAACUUCAGGAGAAGAUUUCCGAGCAACAUGGAAUGCUACGGAACGUUCAAAAACAUAUAGCUGAAACGUUCCACACCAAUUCGUCGAAGACAAAUCCCGAAUCGCAAACUGCACAGUCUUCAUCGUCCAAUAUAUUGAUUGCGGAGGUUGUGGAACAAUAUUCAUCUGAACCUGGUGUGGGUACAAAUGCCAUGGUAAUAGACUCCUACGAGACCUCCAACAAUGAUCAUUUUGUGAUCAACAGCUUAACCGACUCCGAUCAACAAUGGAAAACGCAUGAGGGCGCCUUAGCAGAAGAACAGCAGGCCGGCAACAGUAACCAAAGCUGGACGUCUUCGAACAACACCGGAAUGCAAACACAUGAUCACUCCGCCAGAAGUAGCUCCACAUCCCACUCCAUGGACAAAUCGUCGGAAGUAACCUCACAGUCUUCCAUGUUGGUGGACGAAAAUCACGAUGAACCCGUUGGCUUAAGUACGAACCAAACCCGCUCAUCAAACUCAACACCGACGGUAAACGAAUUGAUAAAUAACGACUGGGACGAUUCCGGGCAGGAAAAUGAAAGGAACAACAACCAAAAAACAGGGAAAAAUGUUACACCUGUGCCCAGCACAAGGUUGGUAGCGAUUGGUAGCAACAACACAAUGGUGUGUAGCACCGUGCUCGAGAACAUCAAGUGGGUGAGUUACAAGUAUGCCACGCGUAAGUUAUUGCAGGCAGUAAUCCCACGGGACGUGUUGGCAACGCACUCGCUUAGCGGAAGACCCUGCCCGUCGCAUCUUUCACUCGCGGAUAAACCGGUCAAGGGACGGCUUGAUCCGAAAAUAGUGUCUGAUGUUAUACAGUUCAUUAGGCAAAAGUUUACCAUAGACGAAAGCCAUGUGCGGGCGGUGAUUACGAACAAAUGUGCGGAUGAGAACAAAAUGUUACGGAUGAAGAAUAGUACCACAAAGCAAGCGAGUGUUAAGAAAACUGCACUGGCCAGCACAAGAAAGACGCGCAAUAAGGAAAACGUUUCUUCAGCAGAUUAG